GAUUGGAUGGCCGAGAAGCAUUGGAAAUCGAAGAAAGGGCGGGGGGAAAAGAUAUUUUUUUUUUUUUCCCGGUAUAAAGAGUGGAGUGACUUGAGCCGUUUGGUUCAUUUUACAGUCAUUUCACAGCGCAAAGCCGAGAAAAGAACGUUCGAAAACCAUGUGCCAGAUCGUGAGUGGCAAUCGGAGUGACGUCGAAGACUUGCCAACGUCACUCCCGGCACGCCGACUCAUGCGUAGGCCUCACUUUGUAGGAAGCAAUUCCAAGGAUAUUAUGCUCUGUCCGGUGAUGGGCAAACUCGCUCUGCCGCCCGACGAGUUCGAGAAGAAGAGGAAAACCGGCCCGUCCGUCCCGCCGCCCAUUCCGUUUUUAGCCAAAGAGGAGAAACAUUCUUGCUUGAUUUGUUCCCACUUUGUCGAAGAUGCAUCGCCUUCGCCUACCAACACCGAAGUCACCGUCGUAUCAGUUUUCAAGGUACUUCGCCGAUCAACUCAGCCGGCUCAUUUCCUCGUCAUGUCUACAGUCAUAGCCUUGGCUAUGAUUUUUUAUCCGGGUAAAACGAGCUUCGUGAAGCGACUUGAUAUUCAAACGCCCGUCGACUCUACUUUAUGGCCGCUUCUCUAUCUCUCGUCUUUCAGCAUAUUGUUCGGAGCCCAAAUGUGGAUGACGUUCGUUUCAGGCCUCGUUCUACUUUUCAUUUUGCCUCGUCACACCUUCGCCUGUGUGCAGAGUGCACUUUUUCCAAAGUACAUGAUUCUCAACGGUGUCACCGCCUUAGCCGUCCAUCAGCUUCGUACAAACGAAGAAAGUGUGGUCUGCACAAGAGAACUACCAGGCGAUGGAGGUGGAUAA